AUGAAAAACACCUUUAGAAGAUACUUUAAACACCAACUUUCACUUUCAACAAGUGAACAAGAGCAAUCAUCAUCCAACAGUAUUGCACAGCAAAUAUUAAAUAGUGAAUUUUAUACUAAAUGCACUCAUGUCUGUUGUUAUAUUCCAAUGCAAGGUCGCAAUGAAGUUGAUACCAUGGAUAUUAUUCACAAUGCUCUCAAAAGAGGAAAACAGCUAUUCAUUCCCAUUGUAAUUAAUGAUAUAAUGACAAUGGUUUCGCUGAAGGAUGAAUUGGAUUUUUCAACAUUUAAAAUUCAUACCAAAUAUAAGUUAUUGGAACCUCCAAUUGAAAGCUUACCUAAUAGAGAAAAUUUACUAGAUUCUUUAAAUGGGGAUAGUAAAUUAUUAGUGAUAGUUCCUGGAUUGGCCUUUGAUUAUUCAAAUAGGAGAUUGGGAAGAGGAAAGGGUCAUUAUGAUACUUUCUUUGAAAAAUUGGAUGAUUUGCAAGGUAGGAUUCAGUUUGAGACAAAUCAUGUUGGAGUUUGUUUUUCAUGUCAAUUUAUUGAUGAAAAUUUCAAACUUCCCGAUGAGUACAAACAACAAUUAAUUGAGAAACAAUUAAUUGAAAGUGAAGAGACUCAAUUUGUCAUUCCAACUGAGAAACAUGACAAAACUAUGGACUCUGUCGUCCAUUUCUAA